AUGACGACGUUCAUUAAUCGAGGGCUUCCUGUAGCUGCAACUAACCCUUAUUAUCGACAAGCAGCGUACGUUCCACCGCCGCCUCGGCCGGUGGCGGAUGUUAGGGAUGAUUACGAACGAUGGUAUACAGAAACAGUACCUAACAACAGGAUGUCUCUUUCCCUUCGGUCUGGGAUUCACUCCGAGAUAGGCUGGGCUCUCGAUCGUCUUUGCCGCCUCACCCAUAACGAGCAGUUCCUCUUCAAAUCACUUCCAGGACUAAUCGACGGCUUGUUCGACUGGCCGGAGUGGUAUGUGACCGAGGGGUACAAGGAAUUUUCCGACCAACACAUCCUUUUCUCUCCGGCGCCAGACCACCGUCGGCAACGUCGUUUUGCGCUUGAGUCUCUCUUUGUUUUACGAAACGCUGCGUUACACGAGCAAAAUGCCCAAGAGCUUGCUGUGCACUCCCAUACGCUGCCUUUGAUAUUAAAUGGAUUGCACAACCUUGACUUCUCAAGGGACGAGAAUCAAGAGGCGCUUCUUCAUAUCAUCGACAUCUUCCAUGUUGUGGCCUCAAAGUUCCUUGUGAGUCCCUCAUCCGCAAACCAUAUAAAUCCUCUGCCGCCCCUUCUCUCCAUUGCCUCUCAAUCAUCAAACCGAACAAUGAUCAUGGCAUCGUUGACUGCACUGACUGCACUCCUAUCGAAUUCUGCAAAUGCUGUUCACAUUCCCUCUGCUAUGCCAGCCUUGGAGGCGUCACUCCGAUAUCUUCCCCUUUUCAUUGAUAAUCCCUUGGUUGAUACAUGCCUCAAUUAUCUAUACAUGCAUGUCUCUCACCCACCACUCGCGCGAGCAUUUUUGCUGCGUCCUGAGAUGCCGGGUGUUCUCAAGAUUCUUGUUAGCCUCCUAUUAUCUGAACAACAUAACCUCGAAGAAAAAGUUACCGUUGACGUGACUGGUACAAUACAUACGGUUCCAUCAACUGCUCAAGCAACGCGAGAUCACGAGUUAACCAAGGAGGAAUUAGACGGUCUUGUCGAGAAAAGUGAACCCCAGCGCUGCUAUGACUGGAUGAAGACCAUGUUUAUCGCCAAAACAGAUGGAGAACUCACACAAGUUGAUUUCUGGAAUCUGUACAAGGAUGCCUUCUCUCCGUUCCAGGAUAAAUACCCCCUUCUAGUGGCGUCUGAUGUCAUAAAAAACGUCAACGCCGUCUUCCCUCAAGCUCAGGCAAUGGUUUUGCAGGGAACGGUCUCGCGUUUCGUUGUACGGGGCGUUGAUCGACGGAAGGACUCGGCUCCCAACGAGCGAUUCAAGUGUCAAUGGGAUCGAUCUCAAUGCGCAUCACCAGCGUUUUCUUCUCCAUCUGAAUUGUUUGACCAUCUUCUGGAACACAUUCUUGCCAUAGAGACACCAGAGUUUCCUUGUUUAUGGUCAUCGUGUUCGCAGACUCCAGUGGCAAAACAUGAGCUACGCUUGCAUCUUCUCACGCAUCUGUCUAGUCCAGAACCUCAGCAAAAGCACCCAUCUCAGAGCGACACAAUUACACUACCCGCUGCAGGGUCACCGUAUCCCACCAACUCCCCUACGAAUCGGCAACCGCCGCCGCCAAGAAGCACGGUGAUAACGUAUGAACGACCAACGGUUGAUCCACCAUCGACGUCGUUAACGGCCUUGCUGAUCAUUCGAAUAUUGUUCCGGACAUCAUUCGCUUCGACUGAAGUUGCACCACGAGUGGAUGAUGAUCACUUUGGAUUCCCUGGUGUUGUUGAAGAUACAGGAGAUAUUGAGGCUGACACGGGUGCCCUCAGCGCAUCAGACCGGGAAGGAGAGCGACGGGGCAGGAAAGCAUUUGUGGGAGUAAGGCGGCUUCUUGAAGGAGUACGGAUACGCGACGAGGUAUUAAUGAGUUGGGUGACUGAAAUGGUAGAUGUAUGA